UUGGCAGGAGUUGUGUCGCGUCUGAUGGGACGGGAGCUACAGUCCCGCUGCCUGUCUCUCCGCUACGCUGGCUGGCUGGCUCGUGCUGACUGUGACUGACUUACUAAAAGUGAACUCGCUGUGUCGUUGCGUGCCGGGAGACUUCGUGUUCAGUGGAUGGCUCCCUGGGCAACAUAGAGGAGCUGGCGCAGGAGUACUCUGAAUACUACAGCACCUCCUACAGCGACGUGUGCAACAGGAUGGAGGAGCUACGCAAGCGCAAGGUGGCGCAGGACACUGAAACGCCCAAGAUUGAACCCAUAGCCACCUCUCUGCAGCUGAGGUCAGAGAUCCAGGAGUCAUUGGGUCUCAACAGCGCCAUGUCCACCCCGGAGAUAGAGAGAAAGCUGUCCAUGCACAAGUCAACCUCUGAGGAUGGCAUAGGAGGAAAGGGCGACAGCAGAAAGAAGAAUAAAUCUUUCUGGCAGAACUUCCGCAAGUCGCAGAAAGGAGUCGGGAGGCAAAUGUCGAAAGCCGGAGGGGAGGACCUGGGCUUUGUGGCCAGUGAGAUCACCAUGAGCGAUGAAGAGCGGAUCCAGCUGAUGAUGAUGGUGAAGGAGCGCAUGAUCACUGUGGAGGAGGCCCUAGCUCGGCUGAAGGAGUUUGAGAGCCAGAGCAAGCAGGCGUGCGGAGCGGCAGACACAGCCGAGUGGACCCACUGCUCCAGCCCCUCAGUUAACGAGUCCAACAGCAACUCGAGGGAGCAGUCGGAUGAUGAACUGGAGGACUCCCUCACGUUCCGCCGCCUCCACAAGCUGGUCAACUCCACACGCCGCGUCCGCAAGAAGCUCAUCAGGAUCGACGAGUCCAAGAAGCCCUCGUGCAGAGAAUGUGCCAGUUCGGAGGCCUCUCCCUCCACUGAGGAGGCCACACCCAUCUACUCGGGGCUGCAGAGGAAGCUGCUGGUCUCCCAGGGCGACGGCCUGGCCUCCGUCAUGCAGGAGCAGCUCUCAUUGGAUGGAGACUCGGACAGCCUGACCACCUCUCCUUCCUCUAGCAGCCUCGACACUUACAGCAGUCACAAGCUCUUGCGUGCCUUUGGGAAGUCCAGCAGCAGCAGCGGUGGUCUGGUGGGGCCCGGUGGGGGCGUAGCGGGGGGGACCUCCUCCCUGCCUGGCAGAGGAGCAGGGGGCAGCCCCCUGGCCAUGGGCACCCUGGAGGCUGGCAGCGGCUCCUCCUUCUCCGAGGCGGAGGCGGGCUGCUGUGAGGAGGAGCCCCACAUGUGCCGCUCGGCCACCGAGGGAGAGAUGCGACGGGGGCUCAGCCCCACCUACCACGGGAGGACCUGCAGUUUUGGAGGCUUUGACCUGACCAACCGCCCCUUGUAUUCCCCCAGCAUUAGCUGUGACCCCAAUGUCCGAGAGGACGAGGAGGGCCUGAGCGGAGCGUCUCGCUCCCCCACCCCCACGCGCGUCUCCCUGGGGAGGAAGGUGCGCUCCGUCAAGGAGAACAUGAGGAAGCGCAUCUCCAAGAAGUACCACAGCUCCGUCAGCUCCGAACAGUCCAGUCCUAUCAGGGGCUGCAGCUCUAUGUCUCCCCCGCUGGACUCGGGUGCUCCAGAGAAGCCGCGCCUGAAGGCCGGGGGCUCCGUGGAGAGCCUGAGAAGCUCCCUGAGUGGACAGAGCUCCAUGAGUGGGCAGACUGUGAGCACGACAGACUCCAAUGCCAGCAACCGCGAGAGUGUGAAGUCUGAGGACGGCGAGGAGGAGGAGCUGCCGUACCGAGGGCCCUUCUGUGGCCGAGCACAGGUGCACACGGACUUCACGCCCAGCCCCUACGACACAGACUCACUCAAACUCAAGAAAGGAGACGUGAUCGACAUCAUCAGCAAGCCGCCGAUGGGCACGUGGAUGGGCCUGCUGAACAACAAGGUGGGGACCUUCAAGUUCAUCUACGUGGAGGUGCUGACGGAGCCGGAGGAGGAGAAGCCGCGCAAGAGCAGCCGCCGACGCAGGAAGACACGGCCCCCCAAGCCCACCUCAGUGGAGGAGCUCCUGGAACGCAUCAACCUCAAGGAGCACAUGCCGACCUUCCUGUUUAACGGCUAUGAGGACCUGGACACCUUCAAGCUCCUGGAGGAGGAGGACCUGGAGGAGCUCAACAUCAAGGACCCCCAGCACAAAGCUGUGCUCAUGACCGCCGUGGAGCUGCUGCAGGAGUACGACAGCAACAGUGACCCGGAGCGGCCCGGCGGUGUCUCGAGCGGCUCCCAGGAGAAGCUGCUUCUGGAGGGGCCAGCGCUGGUGGGAGACUCCCCCCGCGACUCCGGCUGCUACGAGAGCACCGAGCACCUGGAGAACGGGAGGAUCAAAAAGCCAUCUUACAUAAGCAGGUCCUCAUCAGGCUUUGAAUCCAGCCAUCUCCCAUCUCCCGAGUCCCCCUGCCUCCUCCUCCCCCUGUCACACCCAGGCCUUGCGCCUCCUCCUCCACCUCCUCCCCCUGGGCAGGAGCAGAGGCCCAGCUCCCUCCCUCCUCCCCGCACGGCUACUCUGCAGGGCCUGGUGGACGGUGAUGACAACACCUCCCUCGUGCUGGGUCUGGCUGCUGCAGGCCACCACAGCCAGAGCCUGGACUCUUUGGGGAGUCAUGCCGCCCUGGGCUUCAACAGGAGAUGCUACCAGUCUCUGGAGGAGAUGCACCAGGGGAGGUCCCAGGAGGUCCAUGGAGAGCUUCCAGAACCGUCCGAGGCUACAGAACUGCUGCUGCCGCCAUCUAGUGGAACGGAGGUGACCAUGCAGCUGAAAGAAGACGCAGAGCUGCUGCGUUCAUUGCCAAGUGGUGUGGACUCAUCCAUCCAUCUGACUACACAGGACUUGUGUGAGGCAAUAGAACCCGCCCGCUUGCCUCUGUCAGAUGAAGCCGAGCCACUGGAGACCACACAAGUACCCUCUGGGUCUGAAACUGAAGAUCCAAGUCAGCCUCCUCCUGAAGACAGCGCAUGUCUGUCUGGAGCAGCAGAAGUAGAGACUUGUCUACUACUACAUCCCACUGCACAACUUGGGGCUGAAACAGACGAACCAGCUCAUGUCAAUUCAGAUGUUCUAAAUAAAACAGAUGACCAACCACAGCUAUCUGCUGACUGCGUCUCUGCAGCAGUGGACUUAACAGCAGACAAAUCGCUUGUAUCAUCAACAUGUGACGCUCAUGAAACAGAGGAAUAUGCUCUGCCGUCUUUACCUUGUGCAUCUCUCGAAUCACGCGAAACGUCACAAAAUGGCACAUACUUUUUAAACGACGAAGAUGGCCCCACGUAUUCGACAGUGCCCUUUGAGUCUGAGUUGACAGGUGCCACCAUGGUGCCAAUUUCUCCAUACAUUCCAGAAAUGCCGCAAGCAUCACAACAUGCACCUCCAUAUGCCAUGGGGCUGCUUUGUGAAGGAAAGCCCUUUGAGAGGUUACCCGUGGUGCCCCCACCAUCAGCAAGAGAAGAGCAAUAUUUUAGCACUCCAUCCCCAAGUCCUCAGAGGAGCCCUGUAGAGAUUGAGCAGAUGGCUGUUCAACAACAGGUCACUGACUCUGUGGAGGUCCAUCAUCAGGCUGGUGGUGUGGCAAUCACAUCACCUGCAAAGAAGCCACACGUCCACAGGGGUACCAAGCCUCCAAUCCCGGCCAAACCCAAAGACUACUUACCGACCAGCCGGAGCGCCAUACAGCCACCUUCACCAGCAGCCAGGGACCACAAGUCUGCCCCUCACCUCACCACUACACCUCAUCCCAGACCAGCUGUGGAUCUCCCCUCUGUUCCACAAAACAUCCCCAGUCUCAUGGUGAGCUCUGGGGGGACUCACAGUCUCUGCCUGGGUGUGGAACCACCAGCCAAGUCGCCCCCCCGGCCUGCGGCUCAGAGGAAGGUUCCAGUUUCAGGCGCAGGCCGGGCGAGCAUGCAGUGCACCAUGGGAUACCUGGAGGCUCUGGUGGAGGCCAAGCUGGCAGUGGAGGGGAUCUGCCUCACUGAGGAGCCCUACUCUGACAAGCACGGUCGAUGGGGGAUCCCCCUUACUCUGGUCCAGCGGUAUGCUGCCGAGCUCGACGAGCCUUUGGGGGACGCGGCCAGGGCCUUGGACCUGAUCAGAGUACAGCAGCUUCAGAGGGAGCAGCGCAUGGCUAUCCCAUCCAGAAGCCUUCCAGGGAUGUGCCCCGCCACAAAGUAGGGCAUCAGGCACCAAACUCUUGCUUUCGUCCCUUGAGCACGGUGCACAGACUGCCUCCUCUGGGGCCUGCUUCAUCAAAAUAGGCAUGUAGGCCCUGGUGCCACAAGUACCUGCAUUCCAACAACAACCAGCACCCACAUCACUGCCAGAGAACCAAUAAAACUAGAGAUUGACAUUAAUGUGCUGCUCAACAAUGUAUACAGUGAUUUGAGCAUGCUUAAAAAAAUCCAGGGGCAUGGACAUGUAAGCAUAUCCUUAUUUUCUUCUGAUCUUCCCGAUCGUCAUUCCAUGGUGUUAACAGCGUGUACAGCACAGUUGAAGAUGGAUAAGUGCUUUACAGUGCGCUUACGUAUCAGACUGAGCUCCAGUUUUUGUAACAUGGAGUGGUAUUCCGCUAUAAUUGUGACAACUGGAGAAAGCAAAGAAAUGUGUUUUUGUUUCCAGUGAAGUAUGUUUUUUUUUCUCUCUCAGAAGUGCUUGCAAAUGGACAAAUGCUGUUGGCUUUGACAGCCUUGUUAUUGAGGAACCUUAUUCAUUAUUGUUUCCUGUUAUUCAAUUCAACCUUAGUAGCAAUGAAAUAGACUGUUUAAGAUAUCUCAAUCAUGGAAAAAAAUAUAUUCUUCAUACAUGUUCAGCAUGUGUAAAUGCUUCAUAUUUAGCCACUGUAAUUGCAGCGUAUAGUGAAAGCCCAUUGGGAAACUCCAACUUCCACUGUCAUUGUGACACAGCACUCCACAGCACAAGUGAACACUGCACACAACGAAAGUGCAUUUAUGCCUCACCCGUGCAGGGGGGCAGGCCUCAAUGGUGCCCCUGGGGAGCAGUGUGGCGGGACGGUACCAUGCUCAGGGUAUCUCAGUCAUGGAGGAGGAUGGGGGAGAGCACUGGUUGAUUACUCCCCCCUCCAACCUGGCGGGUUGGGAGUCGAACUGGCAACCUUUGGGAUACAAGUCUGACGCUCUAACCGCUUACCCAUGACUGCCCUAUAGGAAGAGGUGUUGGUGAUCAUUGCAUUUGUUUUAGAAUGUGCUGACCAGAUAUUCUCUGUAGCCCUUUUUCCUAGACUGUCAAGUGUAUUUGUGAUUUUAAAAAAACGUAUAAGAAAACACAGAUUUUAUUUGAUAUGAAUGUACAAUUAAUGUACAUGAUGCCAUUUGUAGCCAUCUCUAGAGCUUAAAUAUUAAUUAACGACAUCUAUAUACAAAAUGUGUAGAGACAGGUUUGAAGUGCUACAAUACACUUUACGCUCUCACAAAUAGAGAAUUUAAGCAAAGGAUUCAGUUGUUACACAGGUGUCUUAUUUAUUUGCUUAUGUAUUUUGAAUCAAUCUAUACCAGCGGGCAUACCGACUGCAUUAUUUUGAUUUACAGUUGUUUAUACUUAAGCAUCUUUGUUUUUAUGACCAGUUAAAUGCUCUUUCUGCCCUAAUCAUCAAGGUCAAUAAAAGCCCAUUGUAUUGUC